AUGAUCUUGAAGGUUGAUAGUGCCACCAGCCUGCCCCAGGCAAAUAUACCCCCAUCUCAUAAUUCAUCUCUGUGCUUCUUUUCAGAUUCUCAGCGCUCCCAUCUCUCCUCAUUCACCAUGAAGCUGAUAGACAAGUUUCAUUCACCAAAAAUAAAGCGGACACCGUCAAAGAAAGGCAAACAGGCUGAGCCGCCAGUGAAAACGCCAGAGAAGACCGUGAACAAAAAUGUAUCUUGGUUAGAUGAGAAGGAGAAAGAGGUUGUAAGUGCCCUGCGCUAUUUUAAGACGAUAGUGGAUAAAAUGGCAAUCGACAAGAAAGUGCUGGAGAUGCUGCCAGGCUCAGCAAGUAAAGUGUUGGAGGCCAUCUUGCCCCUGGUACAGAUGGAUCAGCGAAUUCAGAAAAGUUCUGCUAUCUCUUCCUGCUAUAGCCGUGUCUACCAGAGUCUGGCCAAUCUGAUUCGUUGGUCUGAUCAGGUAAUGCUGGAAGGUGUGAACUCGGAGGACAAAGAGGUGGUGACCACAGUUAAAGAUGUCAUAAAAGCUGUUCUGGAUGGAGUCAAGGAGCUGGUUAAACUCAUGAAAGAGAAGCAGGACCAUCCCUCUCCCACAAGCCCAGUUAAAACAAGUUUACCAACGUGUAAAUCUGAGAGUGCAUCAGAGCUUCCCCUGACAGACCGAGAGAUGGAAAUUCUCAACAAGACAACUGGUCUGACUCAGUCUACAGAGAUACUGACUGACUCCAUGGAUGAAGAGGUUGCACCUCCCAAACCCCCUCUACCCUGCAUUCGUGUGGCAGAAAACAGCCCUCCUCCAGCAUUGCCCCCUAAAAAAAGGCAGUCGGCACCUUCCCCUACCAGAGUGGCAGUAGUAGCACCAAUGAGUCGAGCCACUAGUGGGUCCAGUCUGCCUAUCGGAAUCAACAGACAGGAUUUUGAUGUUGACUGUUACGCCCAGAGGAGGCUGUCAGGUGGCAGCCACUCCUAUGGAGGGGAGUCCCCUCGUCUCUCACCGUGCAAUAGUAUUGGCAAACUCAGCAAGUCGGAUGAGCAGCUCUCCUCGCUGGACCGCGACAGUGGGCAGUGCUCCCGCAACACAAGCUGUGAAACAUUAGAUCAUUCGGAUCACUAUGACCCGGACUAUGAAUUCCUGCAGCAAGACCUCUCCAAUGCUGACCAGAUACCUCAGCAGGGGCCAAGUAUCCUCAGCCCAUUGCCAGAGUCCUUGGGCGAGUCUGGCUCCCCCUUUCAUGGACAUGGUUUCCAGAUCCCCCAGGGCGGCUCUCCCCAGCCGGAGCACUGCAGCACAUUGGUAGCAACGCAGUCCACAGAGACUCCCCCAGCUUUGCCAGAAAAGAAGAGGAGGAGUGCAGCCUCUCAGACUUUAGAUAACUCGGGCUGCAGGGUCUCAUAUGAGAGGCACCCUUCACAGUACGAUAAUAUCUCAGAGGAUGACGCGCAGAACCCCGGGGCUCUCUCAUCAGUACCCUUCCCACCAUUUGCUGCUGUCUCGCCCUUCCAGCAAGGGAACUCUUCAGUACCAAUUGAAUUCAUUACUACUUUUGCUGCUCCGGACUCUACGGGUGAUGCAGAGAAACCACCCCCUCUUCCAGAGAAGAAGAACAAACACAUGCUGGCCUACAUGCAGUUUGUGGAAGACUACUCGGAGCCACAGCCAUCCAUGUUCUACCAAACGCCCCAGAACGAACACAUCUAUCAGCAGAAAAACAAGCACCUCAUGGAAGUCUAUGGCUUCAACGACUCGUUCAUCAGCAUAGACUCAACCCAAGAUCUGGCACCUCCCCCUGCUCUCCCACCUAAACAGCGACAGCUGGAAUCUCCUGCUGUCAAAGACGGCCACUCCAAAGACUCCACUUCAAAUAGCAGUGCCACUGGGAAGGAAAGCCGAGACGGUGGUGAGAGGCAGCAGAUGUCACCAGAUGCCUUGGAAUCGUCACAGUUGGAGGAGGAGGUAGAUGAGCUGUCCCUGAUUGACCACAAUGAAAUUAUGGCAAGGCUAACACUGAAGCAGGAGGGCGACGAUGGGCCAGAUGUUCGUGGGGGGUCCGGGGAUAUCUUGCUAGUACAUGCAACUGAGACUGACCGGAAAGAUCUGGUGCUGUACUGCGAAGCGUUUUUGACAACCUACAGGACAUUCAUUACCCCUGAAGAGCUCAUCAAGAAGCUGCAGUACAGGUAUGAGAAAUUCUGUCACUUCCCAGACACGUUUAAGAAGCGCGUCAGCAAGAACACGUUCUUCGUGCUGGUGCGAGUGGUGGAUGAGCUGUGUUUAGUGGAGUUGACAGAAGAAAUUCUGAAGCUGCUGAUGGAACUGGUGUUCCGGUUAGUCUGCAACGGGGAGCUCAGCCUCGCUAGGGUGUUACGAAAAAAUAUUCUGGACAAGGUCGACCAGAAGAAAAUGCUGAGAUACGCCAACUCCAUCAAACCCCUCGCGGCCAGAGGGGUGGCUGCCAGGCCAGGAACCCUACAUGAUUUCCAUAGUCAUGAAAUAGCUGAGCAGCUGACUCUCCUGGAUGCCGAGCUCUUCUAUAAAAUAGAGAUCCCAGAAGUUUUGCUUUGGGCAAAAGAGCAAAAUGAAGAGAAGAGUCCCAACCUGACACAGUUCACUGAGCACUUUAAUAACAUGUCCUACUGGGUCCGUUCAAUCAUUAUGCUCCAGGAGAAAGCGCAAGACAGAGAGAGGCUGCUCCUUAAAUUUAUCAAAAUUAUGAAGCACUUAAGGAAGCUGAAUAAUUUUAACUCCUACCUGGCCAUUCUUUCUGCACUGGAUUCGGCACCCAUCCGACGGCUGGAGUGGCAGAAGCAGACCUCAGAGGGCCUGGCUGAGUACUGCACACUGAUUGACAGCUCCUCAUCCUUCCGUGCCUACCGAGCAGCUCUGGCAGAGGUGGAGCCUCCCUGUAUACCAUACCUUGGUCUCAUUCUCCAGGACCUGACUUUUGUUCAUCUGGGGAACCCAGACUACAUCGAUGGCAAAGUGAACUUCUCCAAACGCUGGCAGCAGUUUAACAUUCUGGACAGCAUGAGGUGCUUCCAGCAAGUACAUUAUGACAUCAAAAGAAAUGACGACAUAGUCUCAUUCUUCAACGAUUUCAGUGACCAUCUGGCCGAGGAGGCCUUGUGGGAACUGUCUCUGAAAAUCAAGCCUCGGAAUAUAACAAGGCGAAAAACAGACAGGGAAGAGAAGACCUAGGAGGAGGAGAAUGUGUGAGUGAGCACUGCUGCGCAGAUGCACAGAGGACAGCUCUGAGACCAGAGCAACAAACUCGUACUUGUUACUGGAUGUUGCACUCUCCCUCCCAGUUGGCAGCAGCUGCUGGCUUUUCUGGGCCUGUGAAGGCUGGGGUUGCUCAACGGAAGAGCUGAGAAUGUGUAUGGAUGCCAUCUUUCAUUAGACAGCAGAAGCCGAGAGGGCCCAGAGCUCAUUUCACUCUCCUCCUUCCACCCCUCGUCCCUCUGUGCCAUGAAUCAGCUUUAAACCGGGGAAGAGAGAGCCUGGGAAGGAGAAUCUGUAAGCAUGUUUUUUCCAGCUCCAGUCUGCAAGUACAGGGAGGGGCAGCUCAGCGUCCGCCAGCCCCUCGUCUGCCGAUCUCGAUUCAGCAGCCUGCAAGAACCGGGAAGUCUCCCUGCCUUCCCAUCCAGCUCUCCUGUGCAGUGCCAUCUCCAAUCACGUUUUCCCUAGGGGCAGGGGCAGGUGAAGAGAGCCUCCCCCUCUGCCUCAGAGGAGUGCCAGUUUGAAAGAGCUCACUUGUGUUUACAGGGGCUGGCAAAUCUAAGUGCCCCAGAUCUCCCCGGCCUUCCUGAAGAAGGGAAGGCCACCUCCACAGACAUGACAGAGGCACUGAAGACAUGGGCAAGGGGGCUGCUGUCUCCAGUCACGGCAUGCCCCCCUCUUGAAUCUCAUUAUUUAAAUGACAGUAAUCCCUCCAAUCCCUGGAAGCAAUGACUAGCCAAGGUACUGUGGGGUCACUGCCUUGUAGACCUGUAUCUCUUAGCAAUGGUACUGGCUAUUGCACCGUAAAUACUGUAGUAUAUGAGACUGGACGUUUGUAUAUACUAGUAUUUAGGUUCCAUUGGAGGCUUUUUCAUGCAUGUCUGAAUGCCAGUGGGUUUAAAGGAAAAAGAAAAUGUGCAAAAUGCCAUGCCUAAAAUCCACAACUCGUGAAUAAUGUUAUUCCACGUGCUGGUAUAAUGGAGGCCUGGGGCAGCUGUGUCUGGAACAGAGUGCAAAGAAAGGCAUCUAGACCCUGGCAGAAGGGCUAGCAGGUGUGUUUCCCGGAGUCCUUAAUGCUGAGGUGGAACGGAAAAGGCUUUGGCUUGGCGCUAAGACUGGUCAUCCUUUCCCCCCAGCGUUGUUAUCGUCCCCCUCUUCGUACCUCUUGGUGCUUCACCCCUUGGUGCUUCAUUUUGUGAUCUCGAUAGUAGGAAAGCUGCAGGAGCUCAUUGCAGUUGGCGAAGCCAAGUUGCCCAGCAUAGCCAAGUCCCAAAUGACUGGGGCCCAAACACCCCCACAUGUCAUGGAAGAGGGAAGGGUCUGCAUUUACUUUCACAUGCCACGUUAACCCCAGUCUGUUCCAUGUGCCUUAUUCAAUCCCUUGGUCCGCUCUCCUCAUCUUCACGCCUCUGGAGGAUGUGUCCUUAUCACCAAUGCAGCUAGGCUUGACCAGUCAGACCCUCUCCCUUCCCAUUCGUUUGUCCUCCAUCAAUUGUUUACAGUGUUGGUCGUGUUUUCAGGUGUCUGUUGUAGAUUUUAAUUGGCCUGAUAAGGCCUUGUUCUGGAACCACAGUGUGCGAUUCA